UCCACUUUUGAGUAGUAAGGAGGAAAGUCCUAAUCAAGAGAUGGUGUUGAGCACUCAAGAUCAAAAUAUGGAGAUGGACGGUCCAAGUCCAACCACCAUCCAUUGAUCCACUUCAAAUAACAACAUUCCAGUGAAGUGGACGCGAAGAAACAAAUAAAAACCUCAUGAUUUUAUCUUGUAUUAAAAGGAACUCAAUCUUUGUUACAACUUGCAUUCGUUCUUGAUCCCUGUAAUACUGCUGCUAAGCAUGGACAAGGAAGAGGGCAAAUUGGUGGUCAUGGGACGAGCAGAGAUUGAUACACGACCACCUUUCCAGUCUGUUAAAGAAGCUAUCAUGUUGUUCGGAGAAAGAGUUUUAGCUGGGGAGAUUUAUGCCAACAAGCUCAAAGAGAUACGGGCAAAUGAAAGUGGGCACUCCCAGUCCCGAAUGAGAGCUUUAACAGCUGAGCUUGAGGAAACGAAACAAAGCCUCCAAAAAGCAAGAGAAGAAGCUGAAUUAAUGGCAAACUGCAUAAGAUCACUUAGAGAAGAACAAGAACAAACAAAGAGAGAGCUUCAAUGGCUAAAAGCAAGGGAAAUGUUUAAGAAGGAACCCAUUAUUAUUGAUGAUCCUGAGACUGAAGACCUUAAGUUCAUUGAAAAUGCAACCAAAAUGGAGAUGAAGAACCAAACUAAUGAUGAUGAUGAUGAUGAUGAUGAAGCUAAUGAUUUUGGAAAGAAGAGAUAUGUGAAAUUUGCUAGCCCUCCUUCAUUGGCUAAGGUCAUUGUUACCAAAGAGGAAAUGCUCGAGAGACCCUCAACUAAAAAGACCAUGAAGAAAAAGUCUCUAGUCCCUCUUUUAGGGUGGCUAAUUUCAAGAAAGAAGGCAAACCAAGAAGUUGAAUCUCCUAGAAGUUGAUGAAAUUAUCACUGGCAUCAGGUAACAACACAUGAAAAAAUUUCCAUAUAUGGGGAGAACACUAUUACAUAUAUAGAUGAUGAAAGUUUGUCACAUAAGAGGGUAUUGGGCGAGUUUAUUAGUAAAUCUAUAGAUAUACAAGACCUUCCCUUUCCAUAGAUAUAGCACUUUCAAGAAAAUUCUUUUGGAUGACCUUUGCUUUGCCUUUCACAUAGUUUGGCUGUAACAAAUAAAAAGGUUUUGUAAACUCGAAUUCUCAAAUGAUCGCUAUUGGACCUAUAAGAAGAAAAAUGUUAUGCGA